AUGGCGCCUUGCGCCACAGCGCAGCAAGAGUCGAUCGAGGAGGACCACCGACUGGCCAAUUGGAAGCGUUGGCUGAGGGACCGAGAGCGACGCCAAAAGUACCUAUCGGCCGCGCUGAAACGCGAACCCUACGAGCUUGCACUCAACGCCUACGAGAGAGCUCGCGAUAAAAAUGAGACUGCUUGCGGUGACCUGGGAGCCAAGACCGUGGACAGGGUGGAUCGAGUCAAGUACAGCAAGGAAGAUCUGGAUUUUUGGCGGCCACCUGAGAGAUUGCACAAAUACAGCGAGGCCAAGGGCGACGACGUGACGCUCACAGAGCCUCAGAGGCUAAGAAAAUUGGUCGCUCCGAAGGCGAGGAUCUCACGGAUUCGGCGCUCGAAUAAUUUAUCGGUCGCGUUGGGAAAUGACGCUACCUCUAGAAAAACGACCACUUGCGGAAACGCAGCGGCUGCCAGCGGAGACGGUUUGCAAAUGGGCGAGCCACCCUCCGAUUUGAGCUGCCGGAGUCUCGCCGUGAUCGGCAAGGCGUUCACGCCUCCCGAUUACGAUAAAAAGGUCCUCCGUCUUCCCGUGAUCACCGUCACCGAGCCGGAGAGGAAGAAGCCGCUGCUGCAGGAUCCGGACUCACGGGCGGUGCUUCUGAUUCGAGACCGAGAACUGGUCGCGGAAGGAGGUCGCUUCUUCGAGAGAUUAUCGAGGGUGAGGACGGAGAAAUUGAAAAGAAGCAAAAAAGAUCAGCACGCGAAGAAGUACGCCUACUCGGUCUACGACUCACACGUUUACAAAAUUUUCGGCAAAGAACCUCCGCCCAUCGUGUGGACUGUAAAUUUUCACAGCAAGGGUGACGAGAUAUGUAAGAAAUUUCUCAGGAUCGAGAACAAGGGCGUUAAGAUCAUGACUUUCGACUGGCUGAGCGCUAGUCCCGACUGCUUUCCCGAUAUGCCGUAUCGACGCAUCGACAGUUGUUUUUUCUUCGAUAAGACUUCUUUUAAAAUUUAUCCCGGUCAAGUAUUGGAUUUUCACGUUUUGUUUCAAUCCAAAAAAUCGAGAGUCGCCAGCGAGUUGUGGACCCUGCAAAUCCAACCGCAAAUAUACCCGAGCCCAAUUCAAGUUCGCUUAUGGGGAAUGUCCGAGGGCCUGGACGAAAUUAAGCGCGAAAACGACAAAAUCGAAGAAGUGACUGAAAAAUUGGAAUUACGAGUUCGAGACUCAAUAACCCGAGAACUGGCUAAUGCCCUGAUCGACAUGGCGACGAGUUGCCCCGUGAUCGACGAAACGCCUUACGAUCUCUUCUUCCUGGAGCGAGACAUAUUCCGAAGUUUGAAUCGCCGCCAUCACUACAAGUCCGUGCAGAUCAAUGAGCUGAAGUUCAUGUGGCAGGAAACGAUCGACGACGAGGCCACCAGCGAAUGGAAUUUGGAUCUCGCGGAUCUGCGAGCGGCUCUGCUGAAUAUCGAAGAUCCUCUGCUGCAGCGGGACAUGCUCAAACGAUUCGGUGCUCUGUGCGACGAGUUGCUGCUGCCCGACAAUACUUACACCCAGCCCUGUGGUUCGAGCAGACAGAUGGUUUACUGGCUGCUCGGGGAAUUUUUCAAUGAAUUCGAGACUACGAGUCACUCGGUUUGGCACGGCUGUCGUUUGCUACCGCCUCGAGACGACCACUGCGAGGAAGAGGAAGACGAAGGGGAAGGAGAGGAAGAAACGGCUGCGGCUUGCGGCGAAUCGGACGAGGAGAAGGCCGCCCACCUACGCCUCUAUCACGAAACUAUGCACAUGAGAAUCUACGCAUUACUUUGCCGAACUAUCAACCAAGUUUGCCACGCUCUGGAAUCCGAUAAUCUUUACAAUAAAAACGACUGA